AUGAGCAGCCUGCCGCCGACGAAUUGGAAACCGGAGAAGAAGACGACUCGGGGGCCAAGUGGGGCGACUCUCCCAUCGGCUGCCAAACUCCUGGUGUCUCGCUCGUGUGCGGAGAAUGAGUCGAUGAGGCCACUGCCAGAGCUGAGAAGGGUGGCAAAGGCUAGACUCUUGGCGAAGGAGAAGUUGAAGUCAACGGUGGAAAUCGAGCUGUCCCCACGAUCUGCUCCCUUCGUGGCGUCGAGGAUGAGGUCGGGAGUAGACUGGCAGCCUUGUCGUCGGAUGGAUUCUUUGCCACCGGAGAAAGAAGAAGCGAGGGGUCAGGAGAUACCGGCAUGUUCGUUGAGGAGGAAGGCGCCGCAAAAGCAAUCGGCGCCGGAGGAGGAGGAGACGGAGAAGGAACCGCCAAUGAGGGCCGCGUCGGAGGACGUGAUGGAGACGGGGGUCGAGCUCGGGGAAACGGAGCCGAGGUCGAUGGUGGACGGGUUGAGUUUGCCCUUCCCUCAACCGAGGAGACAAUCGUUGCCGGUGAAGGAACACGCGACGAUGGGAGAGGGCGGCGGGGAUGUCUCUGUUGCUGCUUACCCUAGGUCGCACUUCCUAGAGGCCGCAAUCAAUGGGCCGAGCUACGGAUCGGGUCGUCGGAACUAUUGGACCGAUAAGUUUGGGAGGAGCUAUGUGGAUCAAACUAUUGGGACAGAGUUGGGAAAGAUGGGCCGCAGUUGUGAACUAGCAAGGAAGGCGAUUGCUGAGUUUGCUCAGUCAGAGCGGACCGAGGAAAAAGUAGCUUACGGGCUGCAGCACAUAAGAGAUUGGGCUGACGCCGAAGCAGAUCUCCGACCUAAUAAUAGAGCAAAGUGGUUUAAUGACAGAAUAGAUUCUGGGCCGAACAUAGUAUGGGCCCGCGAGUUUCAAGAAAUAAGUGAGCCAAGUUUUCAAGGAGGAUUUGAGCUUCACAUUGGCUGUUUGGUUCACAUUGGCUUCACAGUGGAUGAGGAAGCCACUAAGCAAUGUGAUGGGCUAGCUCCAAGGAAGGUAAAUUCGAGUCCAGAGUUUCGAACUCAUAACAGGCAUGGAUCGACAAGAGACGAUAGCUUGGAUUUCAAGAUUCUUGAUCGAGUCAUACCAAUGGGAGAUAAGCUAUUGAGAUUUGAAUUUGUCAAGGAAGCAAGUAGUGGGCCCAUAGAAGUGAAAUUCGAAGAGUUGGACUGGCAAAACAGAUUAAUACAAGAAGCCCAAGUCUAG